GAAGUCCUUUUCAUUGAGCGACGAGCCUUCGAACACAAAGCCACUCCAUUCUAAAUAGCUCUCUAGGAGACCGUCCUCUUUGCUGGAGUCGUUGGGUAAGGUGGGUGCCAGCGAACGAUCGAGCCACCAGCUGGCGGUAUUCUGUUUGCUCGAGUUGCUGUCAACCAUGCUGAGCUUUUAGACGUAGCAAACUGGCAAACACCCCACCAUUCAGCUUUGGUGGGGAGGCUCAUCCCGUCCUAUCUGGUCUUCAUAUACAGUGUCCUCACUUCACUUCUGCUCCCAUCCAUCCCAUCCUCUCAUCACCGUCCUCAAAGCUUACAUCACAUCCAUCAAAAGCACCUUCGAUAUCCCACACUGCCUUCUAAAGCUGAUCCGCCUAGAUCCGAGCAAAUAUGCCUGUACCAGAACCCGGUCCCAGUAGUGCGUCAACACUCUCAUCCUCGUCCUGGCCCGGGGCAUCGGGGUCAAGGACAGUGAGUGAGGCGUCCGCCAACACAAACGUGACUGGAUCCCCUGCCGGCUGGACCAAUGCUCACCAGACCAUGAACCAGAGCGGCAGCCGAGCAUAUUCGCUGGAAGACCUCGGGCUCUUUCUGCGGGGUCUUGACCUGAGGACCCCGCAGAGUUCCGUCGAUGCCACGCUGGGCGACUACCUGCUGCAUAUGGCGGCCCUUGCAAGAGAUCAAGAUACUGCCUCUCAACCUGGAAUCACGGACGCAGUUGGCUCGUGGCUGGUUCAAGAUGAGGAUCCGCAGCAUGAUAUGCUGACGAUUAGUGUCGAUGUUGCGAUGGCUCAUUUGAGGAACAUGCUCCUGACGAUUGUGAAUGGCCAACGAAGACAACAUAAGCAUGAACGCGACGAGCAGACCAGUAUACAAUUCUUCGUGGAAAAUAAGUUGCGUGAAACAAUGCACAGCAAAUUCGAGCUUCAGAUGGAAUUAGACGAGGCCAUCAAGAAGAAAGACAAGCUGCAGGAGACACUAGACACUUGCGAGCAGAAAAACGAAUAUCUGCAGGUUCAGCUUGCUCAAGCUAACGCAACCAAUCAACAAACCCUGGACCAACUCCUAGCGAGAUUGCACACCACCCAGAAGCAGGUGACAAGGCUACAGGCUGAGCGAGAGGAACUGCUUAGGGUACUCGAGCUGUGCAACGCUAAGAAUGAGAUAAAUGAGCGGGAUCGGAGAUGGCGUGGACAGACGGCAUUGCAUUAAUGUCAC